UCAUCGCAAACUUUGGAUUUUACAGAGCCCCAGAUCAACGUUUUCCAUCUGCUUCAGGCUUACUUGGAAAACCCUCUUUUGUUGGCUUUGUGUGGUGAUAAAAAAAACAGGCAUAAUUGUGAAUGAAGUGUAUUUAUGGGAGUGAUUGUGGCAACUUGAAUGUGUGUAAAAAAACUGCAGCAGUAUGUUGCCACCUGUGAAGAAGGACCGGGUCAUUACUCACCUCCCCAAGUGUUUCAGUCCAAAUGCUGCCCUCCACACCAAAGCAGGCUUCCACCCACAGGUGAAGGCCAUGUGCCAAGCUCAGAAGGCAGAUGCCAUGAGCUUCAACAUCGCCAAGGUGAUUGUGGUGGGGGACGUUGCAGUUGGCAAAACCUGUUUGAUCAGCAGAUUCUGUAAAGGCGCAUUCAGCAAGACCUACAAAGCCACCAUUGGAGUGGAUUUUGAGAUGGAGCGAUUUGAAGUGCUUGGUGUCCCCUUCAGUCUACAGCUGUGGGACACGGCUGGUCAGGAGCGGUUCAAGUGCAUCGCUUCCACAUACUACAGAGGAGCACAAGCCAUCAUAGUGGUGUUUGACCUAAGCAGUGUGAACUCGUUAACUCACGCCAGGCAGUGGCUGGAGGACGCCAUGAAGGAAAAUGACCCGUCCAGUGUCUUACUGUUCCUUGUUGGAACCAAGAAGGACCUCAGCACUCCUGACCAGUUGGCUCAGACUGAGCAGGAAGCCAUCAGACUCUCUGAGGAGAUCAAAGCGGAGUACUGGGCUGUGUCUGCAAAGUCAGGAGAAGGUGUCAGGGACUUCUUCUCCCGAGUAGCCUCUUUGACGUUUGAGGCCAAUGUUCUGGCUGAGCUUGAGAAAAGCGGCUCGAGGCACAUCAAAGACAUCAUCAGGAUCACAGACAGCACAGAAGCCAACUACACACCCAAGAGGAAGUCCAACUGCUGCUGAGGCCGAAGGCAGGAGCUCCUGGAUUUUAACAGCAGCAAAAAGCGGAACGCAGAAUGGGAAAACCAAGCAGUAACACGGACCCAGCGCUUCCCAAAUCGAGUCCUCGAAGGCCCCUGUCGGCUGCUGACGCUGGGCCUGUAUUAUUCUGCAAACAGCCCCAGAUGCAGCUGGUUGUAACCCAAACCGUAGCGUUGGUAUUGUGAAUUCUAACCUGAGCCUGCAGCAAACAAGCCGCGUCGGCUCAGGAAUGUUUAUUGUGCACCAGGCCUGCAACAAGCAGGGCUUUGUGACGUCCCCGGUCACGUAAAUGCAGUGGCGUGCACAGACCUCUUAAAGGACAGGGGUGGAAAUAAAAUAAAAGGGCACGUAAAACCACUGUUGAGGGCACUUCAGACAUAUGUUUUACAUGCCCCCGAGAGGGCACUUUAGCAUGUGUUUUUCAGCAAUUUAGCCCCCCUCCGUGCACGCCACUGCAUGAAUACUCUUGGUAAAUGCCCUCAUGAUAAGUUCUAUGUGUCCGAAGCGACAUUUUUCUGCUGCAAUGCCCGAAAAACUCAGAAUAACAGCAGCGGCAUUGCUUUCAGUUUCCUCACUGACCUCCUGUCAUGUGCUGCCAAUUUGCUGCCCCGGCCCGGUCCAAUGACCACCGUCACGCCCAUAGAGAAACUCGCUCCUCUGACACAUGAGUUCACAUGAUCUUGCAAAUGGAGGGAUUGUUUGCAGGAAUGGAAACGAGCUGCAAGUUACAUCUAUGGCCAACUGAUUCCCACUGAGACUCAGGGAGGAGGAAAGAGGAAAGCAGGCGCCUUUUUGAGCCUCCACACAUCUCUUCAGAAAGCAUCCAAACACUUUACUUUCCCUUUUUGUACACUUAAGUUGGUUUUAAUAAAUGGUUCUCAAUAAAUCCUUUCUGA